AUGAUUACGUUUUUAUUACUAACUUACAAAGAUAUUGACAAAAAUUGUUAUUCAAGUGACGGAAAAAACCUUACAAAAGUUAACGAUACAUCACAUGACCUCAGAAUAUCAUCUACAUGCGAAAUCAUCCAAGAUAAAUGCUUUUUCCGGCUUGACACUUUAGUUUCCUUCUCAUUUGAAGAAAAUCCUAACUUAACAACAAUUGGAAGUUAUAGUUUUCAAGAAUGUAGAUAUCUUACUAUUAUAAAUCUAUCAUCGUGCACUAAACUUACAAAAAUAUCUUCUUAUGCAUUUAGUCGCUGCGGUAGUGUCACUCAGAUACUUUUACCAGAAGGACUCCUUGAAAUAGGAAACAAUGCAUUUCAAGGUAAUUAUCAAGUGACCAGUAUUAACAUACCUGCAUCAGUUAAAAUAAUAGGUAGACAAGCAUUUUCUGGCUGUGAUAAACUACAAAAUGUUACUUUUGAAGAAGGAUCAAAUUUAACUUCAUUAGAAGAUAAAGUAUUUACUCAAGCUGCAAUUACUUCGUUUCAAAUUCCAGAAAAAGUUUCUAAAAUUCAUGGAGAAGCAUUUUCAGAUGGAAAAUUAACAAAUAUUUUGGUUCAUCCUAGUAGUAACUACUUAACAGUUAAAGAUUAUGUUAUUUAUUCGAAAAAUAAAAGUAUUGUAUUUUUUAUUUGUAACAAAACAGGAUAUGAAAUUCCAGAUACAGUUACAACUAUUAGAGAGGAAUGCUUUUAUUUUUCAUCUAUUAAAACAAUUAUUGUUCCAGCAAAUGUGAAAAGAAUUGAAGGUACUGCUUUCUUUGGUUGUAAUAAUUUGAUAAAUGUUACUUUUUUAGGUCCAAUAGAUUACUUUGGUAUGCAGGCAUUUGAUUUUUGUAGAAAUCUUGAACUAAUUAUAUUCCCUAAUUCAACAAUGACUGUUGGCGGAUCUAGUUUUGUUACAAAUUCUAUGCCAAAAGUCAGUUUGUCAUUCACUUGCAAAACUCUAUUUUCUUCAAUAUCAAUUAGAAGAAAUACAAAUGUUUCAAUUUCAUAUCUAAAUAAACCAAAUCUUAUUAUUACACCAUAUUGCUUGAUUAUGGAUUUUAAUCAAACCGUAAUUUAUGAAUAUUGGGGAUACGACUCUGGUAAUAUUGAAAUUCCUAAAAAUGUUACAAAAAUAGAAGAUAAAGCAUUUGAAAAUUCUAAAAUUCUGUAUUUUAAUUUCACAGAAGAUUCUCAAAUCACUUAUAUAGGAAAAGAUGCAUUUAGAAAUUGUUCAAAUCUAAUAUCAUUUCGUUAUUCAUUUCCUAAAUUACAAACAUUAGGAAUGUCAUCAUUUAAAGAUUGCAUUAAUUUAGAAAAUUUUACAUUUUCAUCACCAACUUUGAUUAUAAUGACUAAUGCAUUUGAGAAUUGCAUUAAAUUAAAGAAUGUUAAUAAUAUUUUAAAUAUUCCUAAUUAUUGUUUUUAUGGAUGUACUAAAUUAGUAGAAGUUACAAUUCGAGAAGGAUCAGAAUCCAUUGGAUAUAAAUCAUUUGAGAAUUGUUCUUCAUUAUUAUGUAUUAAAAUUCCACAAUCUUUUAAAAUUAUUUCCAAAUAUUCAUUUCUACAUUGUAAGAAAUUAAAAUCAAUUAUAUUCAGUGAAACAAACUCACUUGAUAGUUUUUCAAUUAAUUCUAUUUCAGAAUGCAAAUCUCUUACAAAUAUCAGUAAUUUUUCAUCAGAUAAAUACAGAUGUAUUGAUAAUACUUUAUACUACAAAAACAAUACUAAAUGGGAACUUAUUUUUCAUUUGAGUGAAUCAAAAGACAAAGAACUCAACAUUAACUGCAGUGUUAUCUGUAGUUAUUCAUUCAAUUCGAGUAACAACAUUGAGAAAAUCAAUAUUGAAUCAGAUAGUGUUUCUGUUAUUGAAGAUCAUUCAUUCAACAAAUGUCUUAAUCUGAAAUACAUCAAUUUCCCACUUUCAGUUUCAGAUGUUGAGAUUGAUGCAUUCCAUGAUUGCAAAUCCAUUCGAUGUCCUCUUAUUAUUGAGAACACAUCCACAGAUUAUCUUAAAAUGAUUGUUUCUUCCGGAAUUCCACGAAGACUUAUGGUUUCAUGUCAUAUUGCACAUGUUUCGAAGAAUUAUUUAAAUCAUAAAUAUUUACGUUAUCCUUCUACACAUCUUUUCUGGAAACAUCUUACUAAAUAA